GCCUGGCGCGGUCCAGCAGGGCUAGGCGGGCGCCGCUCGGCCGUCGUCCUCACCUCCCCCGGGCCGGCCAGGCGGGCAGGCGCCCUCAGGUUUGUUGCCAGGACAAAGUGAGAAGUGCCCUGCUGACACAACUCUGUCUCCCUGCAGAAGGAGGCCCGGGAGCCAUGGGUGACUGGGGCUUCCUCGAGAAGUUGCUGGACCAGGUCCAGGAGCACUCGACCGUGGUGGGCAAGAUCUGGCUGACGGUGCUCUUUAUCUUCCGCAUCCUCAUCCUGGGCCUGGCAGGCGAGUCGGUGUGGGGCGAUGAGCAGUCAGAUUUUGAGUGUAACACAGCCCAGCCUGGCUGCGCCAAUGUCUGCUAUGAUCAGGCUUUCCCCAUCUCCCACAUCCGAUACUGGGUGCUACAGUUCCUCUUCGUCAGCACGCCCACCCUGGUCUACCUGGGCCACGUCAUUUACCUGUCCCGGCGAGAGGAGCGACUGAGGCAGAAGGAGGGAGAGCUGCGGGCCCUGCCAGCCAAGGACCCACAGGUGGAGCAGGAACUGGCGGCCGUGGAACGUCAGAUGGCCAAGAUCUCCGUGGCAGAGGAUGGUCGCCUGCGGAUCCGAGGUGCACUGAUGGGCACCUAUGUGGCCAGUGUGCUGUGUAAGAGCUUGCUAGAGGCCGGCUUCCUCUAUGGCCAGUGGCGUCUCUAUGGCUGGACCAUGGAGCCACUGUAUGUGUGCCAGCGUGCACCCUGCCCCCACCGUGUGGACUGUUAUGUCUCUCGGCCCACAGAGAAGACUAUCUUUAUCAUCUUCAUGCUGGUGGUGGGAUUCAUCUCUCUGGUACUCAACCUGCUGGAGCUGAUGCACCUGGUGUGCCACCACCUCAGCCAUCGGACGAAGGCACAGCAGGCUCAGGAUGUAUCGCCAGCCCGGGCCACGUUCUCAGACUCUUACCCUGACCAGGUCUUCUUCUACCUCCCUGUGGGCGAGGGGCCCUCGUCCCCACCAUGCCCCACCUAUACUGGGCUCUCAUCCAGUGAGCAGAACUGGGCCAACCUGACCACAGAGGAGAGGCUGGCUUCUUCCAGGGGGCCCCUCUUCCUGGACCCACCCCCACAGAGUGGCUACAAAUAUUCUAGUCGCCCCAGUAGCUCUGCUUCUAAGAAGCAGUAUGUAUAGGGGCCUUAGACUUAUGUCACUCAACAGAGGUGUCCUGAGAAGUUGUCUGACUGCCCCCUCCUGGAAGGUUCUGCAGAGGUAACGGGACUGAGGCCCGCUGAUUGCUGACCAAACGGACCCUUGGCAGGUGGCUCUGGAACACUAAGGGCCUUCCUGGGGAUCAUCAGGCACUAUAACUUUCUUUCCAGACAGGGUCACUCAGGUUACUCUUGACCGAGGGGUUACUGGAUCUCCCAUCUGAUCCAGAGGGAUCCCAAGCCAGCUUGCUCCCACCAUUACGGAAGAGUCACCUCUGCCCAGGUUGUUCUCACAUCCUCUCCUCAUGGGAAAAGACUUCGGGAUCAGCCUUGGUCACAUAGAGCCCGUGCCAGACCCAGCCCUGUCAGAGGACUGGUGCCUUGUUUUCAUGACUCCGUCCUAGUUCCAUUGUUUGUGCUUCUAAAAUAAACAGGACUUGAUCACAA